AUGUUCUCCCGAGCUCUCAGAGUCCCCAGGGCGCUGCCCCUCAGCGCCAGGGCCCGGGCUGCGCCCUUUGCGCUGGCGGUUCGAUCCGUCACCACGGAUGCUGCGUCGUCGUCCUUGAGCAACUCCGUCCCUCAGUCCGAGGAUGAGCCCUUCCAGGUUACCCUGAGCGACGAGAGUUUCGAGACGUACGAGCUGGACCCUCCGCCUUAUACCAUCGAGGUCACGAAGAAGGAGCUCAAGCAGAUGUACUACGACAUGGUCUCCAUCAGGCAGAUGGAGAUGGCGGCCGACCGCCUGUACAAGGAGAAGAAGAUUCGCGGUUUCUGCCACCUUUCCACCGGUCAGGAGGCCGUCGCCGUCGGCAUUGAGCAUGCCAUCACGAAGCAGGACGACCUGAUUACCGCCUACCGGUGCCACGGUUUCGCCCUGAUGCGCGGCGGCACCGUCCGGUCCAUUAUCGGAGAGCUCCUUGGCCGCCGCGAGGGAAUUGCCUACGGCAAGGGUGGAUCCAUGCACAUGUUCUCCAAGGGCUUCUACGGUGGCAACGGCAUUGUUGGUGCCCAGGUCCCUGUCGGCGCCGGCCUGGCUUUUGCCCACAAGUACAACGACAACAAGAACGCCUCCAUCAUCCUCUACGGCGAUGGUGCCAGCAACCAGGGCCAGGUCUUCGAGGCCUUCAACAUGGCCAAGCUGUGGGGUCUCCCUGCUCUGUUCGGCUGCGAGAACAACAAGUACGGCAUGGGUACCUCCGCCGCCCGGUCGUCGGCCCUGACCGACUACUACAAGCGUGGCCAGUACAUCCCGGGUCUCAAGGUUAACGGCAUGGACGUCCUGGCCGUCAAGGCCGCUGUCAAGUACGGCAAGGAGUGGACCGCCAGCGACAAGGGCCCGAUGGUGCUCGAGUAUGUCACCUACCGAUAUGGUGGCCACUCCAUGUCCGACCCCGGCACCACCUACCGUACCCGUGAGGAGAUUCAGCGCAUGCGCUCGACCAACGAUCCCAUUGCCGGACUGAAGCAGAAGAUCCUGGACUGGGAGGUCGCGAGCGAGGAGGAGCUCAAGAAGAUUGACAAGGAGGCCCGGAGCCACGUCAACGAGGAGGUCGCUGCCGCUGAGGCCAUGGCUGUCCCCGAGCCGAAGCCGGAGAUUCUUUUCGAGGACAUCUACGUCCGCGGCAGCGAGCCCCAGUACAUCCGCGGCCGCACCCCCGACGAGAACCACUACUUUGCCCAGUAG